CCUUUAACAUUUUUCAAAACAAAGCUUCUAAGUGAAAAGGACACGACGUUACCAUGACAACGCAUGUAAACAUGUUAAUUAUUGACACUACCCCAUAAGGAAUUUUAGGACAGUUUGAAUUAGUAGAUUGACUGAUGUAAGAGAAGCACUGAAGGACAUAGAUUACUCCAGAAGAUGGCAGUAAUGCGACAAUAGGGAUACCAGCCAGCCAAACACUCACUGAAGAAGAAGACACGCUGACAAAUCUGAAAUCGGUUGCGGAGCUGCUGCCUGCAUCAUCCGAGCCACCGAGCCAGAGGAACCGACAACCAGCAGAACCGGAGGAACAAAAAUGGCGUUCACAUUCGCGGCCUUUUGUUACAUGCUCGCUCUGCUGCUCACGGCGGCGCUUAUCUUCUUCGCUAUCUGGCAUAUAAUAGCAUUUGAUGAGCUGAAGACUGAUUACAAGAAUCCUAUAGAUCAGUGUAACACUUUAAAUCCGACAAUUGAAAAGGUCAAAAAGAUUAAAAGAGUCAAAAUUGCAAUAAAGCUGGUCCUCCCAGAGUAUCUCAUCCAUUUCUUCUUCUGUGUGAUGUUCUUCUGUGCGGCCGAGUGGCUCACCCUCUGUCUCAACCUACCGCUGCUGGCUUAUCAUGUGUGGAGGUAUAUGAGCAGACCUGUGAUGAGCUGUCCAGGACUCUACGACCCAACAACCAUCAUGAAUGCUGACAUCCUGGCGUUCUGUCAAAAAGAAGGCUGGUGCAAACUGGCUUUCUACCUCCUGUCAUUCUUCUACUAUCUCUACGGGAUGAUUUAUGUUCUGGUGAGCUCUUAAACGGGACGAUGAAGGAAAAGGACCUGCAUGUACAGUAGACGACCAGACACUAUGAUCUUAGUGCUGGAACACUGGACCUGCUGGAGACCACCGUUCAGCAACACAAGACGCCAUUUCAAGCGGACGAACUCUCAACCCCCCCCUCCACAAACAGCGCAGAGCUUCAUUUCGGAAACAUUUAGCCCGUUUUAAAGAGAAUAUCUCGGUCGCAGCGUUCCUCUCAUAGCACUAUAGUUUAAAUUUUAUGGAAAAUGAGGACAAACCUGAAUGGACAAGUUUUUUGUUUUUUUAUUUUAACGGUGUGGUGAUUUUGAUGCUUGGGAUUUAAAUAAAGUUUUUUGUUUUUUUCCA